UUGUAAUUGGCGCAAAAUGAGUCAGCUGAAAACAAGCGCACAACCGAAAUAUGCAAAAGCGAAUAUAAAUUAGCUACGCUGCGCUGCUCUAAAAGAUUUGUGAAUUACUAAAAGUUGAUCGUGGAAAUUUGUGCUUACUUAUACACACACACACAUGUACAUAUAUAUGCAUACAUUUUUUUAACGCCACUUCAUGCGCUCAUUUCCGCUUCACUCCGGAAUGAUAUUAAAUGAAAUUGCAUUACUUAUGCAAGGGGCGCAACCAAAUUAGGCAACACCCACAUAAAUAAAAGUCUUUUAAAACAUCAAAGAAAAAGCAAAAAAUAGAAAUAGCAGCAGACAAAAACUCAACCAAACCGAAAUAAAGAAGCAAUUAGCAAAAUAUUUUGAUGUGAAUUUAAGUGAACAUUAAAUCACACGCAUUUCCACUCGAAUCCACCUGCCUUUGCUCAUUCGCAUGGGAAAUAAAAAUGUAAAAUUUGUAUUUUUUUGAAACUAAAAAGAGGUAAUUUUUCACGUGCAGCUCAAAAUAAAAACAUUGAAAUCUCAAAUCAUAAAAGUGAAGUUUACAAUUCGUAAUAAAAAAAAAAUAAUAAAAAAGUGUUGUUGGCACCCACAUUAUGUUGCGCGUAUCUAUCGGUGGCACUGCCGCUACGAAGCCUAUGAAAGUGCUACUGAAUAUCUGUGCCUUCCUGCUGCUCGUGGACACAUUCGUUUGUGUUUGUUGUGCGGAGAAAAAUUACAACAGUGUCUACAAUGAAGUUGUGACGGCGGAUCUCAAAAACGCGAUUAAAAAGGAGCAGCCGAAAGAGGCGAAAUUCUUCGACGAACUGGAUUUGAUUCCGCAGACUUGCCGCUUUCGUGGACACAAAUUCGAGUGCGGUCUUUCCAUUUCGUGUGUACUGGGCGGCGGUAAGCCGCUUGACCUCUGUUCGGGCGGCAUGAUUUGGUCGUGCUGUGUGGAUAAAGACCUCGAUGCCGAGGACACGCAUGCGGGUCAAGUGAAUAACACAAGCUGUGGCGAAGUGUACGCGCGUUCCAAUCGCAUAGUGGGCGGGCAUUCGACGGGCUUUGGUUCACAUCCCUGGCAGGUGGCGCUGAUCAAAAGUGGCUUUCUCUCGCGCAAGCUUAGCUGUGGUGGUGCGCUUAUCUCAAAUCGCUGGGUGGUCACGGCGGCGCAUUGUGUAGCCACCACCGCCAACUCGAACAUGAAAAUCCGUCUGGGCGAAUGGGAUGUGCGUGGCCAAGAAGAGCGACUCAAUCAUGAGGAGUACGGCAUCGAGCGCAAGGAAGUCCAUCCACAUUACAAUCCAGCAGACUUCAAAAACGACUUGGCACUAAUCAGACUUGAUCGAAAUGUUGUCUACAAACAGCACAUCAUACCUGUCUGUCUGCCACCACCGGCCACCAAGUUGGUGGGCAAAAUGGCCACAGUGGCUGGUUGGGGACGCACGCGGCAUGGCCAAAGCACUGUGCCCUCGGUGCUGCAGGAAGUCGACGUUGAGGUGCUUUCGAAUGAUCGUUGUCAACGUUGGUUUCGCGCGGCGGGUCGCCGUGAAUCGAUACACGAUGUUUUUCUUUGUGCCGGCUACAAGGAAGGUGGACGUGACUCAUGUCAAGGUGACUCUGGUGGCCCGCUAACCUUAACAUUGGAUGGCCGAAAGACGCUAAUUGGCCUGGUGUCUUGGGGUAUUGGCUGUGGCCGCGAACAUCUGCCGGGUGUUUACACGAAUAUACAGAAAUUUGUGCCGUGGAUCAACAAAGUGAUGGCCAACGACAAUGCGUAGUGCUGCAUGGGCUCACACUUGCCAAAGACUGCAGUGAGCUCUGAUAUGCCACCUGACUCGUUACUUAAUUGUAAUUUAAUUAUUUCAGCAUUGUUCGAAAAUUCAAUUUUCAUAGUUUUCUAACUUCAACUCAACACUACACAACAAAUAUGCAAAUACAAAAAUACUGUAACUUUUUUGAGCAAC